UUUGUGACAUGUGUCGGUCCUAGCCCAGCGGACCCCCGCACCAUCAUUGCUGGCGGUGGAGAUGGCGCCGUGGCUGUGUUUGACUCGCGCAUUCACAAGGCUGUUGCCCGAGUGUCCUUGGGGCAAGGUUGCGAGGUGACAUCAGCAGCCUUCAGCCCGUGCGGUCGCUUCUUCCAUGCCGCCUGCUCUGCCAACUGCUGCUUCGUCUUUGACUCCCGCUGCCUCCCUCCUCCUCGUCCUGCCCUCCUUCCUCCGCCUCCUCACCAUCUUCCCCCCUCUGCGCUCUCUUCCGCCUCUCCCACGGCCUGCCCGUGCCCUCACUGCAGCACUCGGUGCAGCAUGCCGGGUCUGUGGACUGUGGGGACGAAGGGGUGAACGACGCCCGCUGGCUCUCAGCCUCGCCUGGCCUCGUGACAGGCAGUGGCAAUGGCAGCAUGGCUGUAUGGGAUGUGACUCUAGCUGACCCCCUCACUGCCGUCUCCUUUGCACAUACUCGAUCAAUAAAUACUGUGGCGGUGGCACCUGAUGAUGCCUGCAUUGCCACGGGUGGCGACGACCAGAAAGUGGUCCUAUAUCUGUCGCCGUUGACUGCCUCUCCAGCCUCAACUCCUUGGAAGCUUACACACCCCUUGCGCUUGUCGCCCUUGUUACAAUAGUCGUCAUACAGAAAACAGUCAUGUUAUCGUUUUCCCACGUAUACGGGACCCAAAUGCCAGUUUUUUUUACAGGUGCAUAUUUAAAGUCCCUAAUGUCAAACAUGUUUAUUGUCAUGUUUGUAUAGACUGUAUAGGGUCAUCUCUUAGAGA